UAAAUCUUGUAUGAGAACAAUCUCAGACUGAUGUUGAGUGGUGUCCUUCCUUGAUAGAUUAGGUCUCCUCUUGCGAAUCUGAGUUUUGGUUAAUUUGAGGUGACAGCCUCAGAAGAGGAACCCCAGGUGUUAGGAACCCACCCAUCCCUGUUUUUCCUUUGUGAUGGCCAGAACAAUCACCACAGUAUGAGGCCACUUCCUCUCCUGGUAGAGCCCAGACAUGAGUAUAACUGACCUCCCGACUGGUAUUUAGCUAGCAGUUCCAUCAUUUCUAAUACCUAAUUUUUGUCCCCUAAACAUAGACAAGCACAAGUUUUAAAUAAAGGCUAAUAAAGUUUUGGGUAGAAAAAGGCUUCAAAAGUAGCAUCAUGCUCCUUUAGAAUCUUUGAGCCUCAAGGACAGCUGCUCUUCGGCCUUCAGCUGACCUCAGAAACUAGAAAGACUUAUUUCAGGCUCUGUCCUGCUGGCCACUGUGGUUCGGAGUGGAAAGCACCUGCCAGGUGUUGCCGUGAGACAGCUUGGGCUAACGCUUUUCUACAAGCUUUGUGGCUUAAGACUACUCCCCCACGCCCCCACCCAGGGCCCCUAGCCCUCCCUUUCCUCAGGUCUCAAACCAUAGUAGGUGUCGAGCGCCCCCUGUGUGUGAAGCUCGGUAACGAGCAAAUAAGGAGUGUGGCUUGCUUUAAAAAAAAAAAAAAUUAUAUUUAUGUGGUGCUGAGGCUGGAACCCAGUGCCUCGUGCAUGCUAGGUGAGCGCUCUACCACUGAACCCCAGCCCCAGCCCCCAGAGUGUGGUUUUUCAAAACUCCCCUCCUCCAAGUACCUAUCGGUCUUAUUUUUCAAGUGAUAAAGCUGCCGAAAGUGCACUGGACCGUGGGAUCAGAACACGUUCAUUGAAGGGUCGGGGGGUGCCUGUCGCUGCCGCCUCACACCCGGGUCGUGGAAGGGUCAAGCUUUGGUGCGCAAGCUCCCGGCUGAACUGAACUACGGCGUCCGGGCUGGGCCGCGGAGUUCCGCGGAAAUCCUUCCCCUUCAGCCAAUCACUGCUUGAGGCCCUCCCGCGUUGCCGGAAAGAGCUGUAGCCCCGAGCAACUACGACGUCUGGCUUUCUGAAUUUGGCGGCGGGAAAGGCCAUGAGUAAAGCCCGGGCAGAAGCUGCGGCGGGAGCCCCUGGCCUCCUCCUGAAGUACCUGCAGGAGCAGAACCGGCCCUAUAGCGCCCAGGAUGUAUUCGGGAACCUGCAGAAGGAACACGGUCUGGGCAAGGCGGCGGUGGUGAAGGCGCUGGAGCAGCUGGCCCAACAAGGCAAGAUCAAAGAGAAGAUGUACGGCAAGCAGAAGAUCUAUUUUGCGGAUCAGAACCAGUUUGAAAUGGUGAGUGAUGCUGACCUUCACAGCCUGGAUGCCAAAAUCGUGGCCCUCACUGCCAAGGUGCAGAGCUUGCAGCAGAGUUGCCGCCACAUGGAGGCUGAGCUGAAGGAGUUAACUAGUGCCCUGACUACUCCGGAGAUGCAGAAAGAGAUUGAGGAGUUAAAGAAGGAAUGUGCUGGCUACCUAGAGAGAUUGAAGAACAUCAAAGCUGCCACCAACCAUGUCACUCCAGAGGAGAAAGAGCAGGUUUACAGAGACAGGCAGAAAUACUGUAAGGAGUGGAGGAAGCGGAAGAGAAUGGCAACAGAGCUAUCCGAUGCAAUCCUUGAAGGCUACCCUAAGAGCAAGAAGCAAUUCUUUGAGGAAGUUGGGAUAGAGACAGAUGAAGAUUAUAAAGUCACACUCCCAGAUCCCUGAGGGGGCCCUCUGUGAAAACUGGAGGAUGGAAACACAGAGAUGCUAGGACUGGCCACUUUUGUUUAGAAUGGCUUUUUUUUGUUGUUCCUGCUGCGCUUCACCUUGGAGAAUAGUGAGAAGAGAGGCACUAGCCCAGUGCAUUGGGAAGAGGGAGGGCUGGUGGCCAGGAAAGGAUGGUCACACCCAUUUCAUUUUCCACAUUUUAACAACUUGAACUUAACAUGCACACUUAGAAUGAAGCUAAAAGAAAGCAUUUUAUAAUAUUUAUUGUGAUAUAAUUUGAUAUAAAAAUAUUUAAUGUCCUCUGAAUAUUCAAACCUCCCAGACAUCAAACCUGAAGAAAGCAGCAGGGAGCUUGGGAAAUAAAGUAGAGACAGGCUGCUAUACCUCAGCAUUUGAGAAGCCUAAGACAUCCCCCAGUACUUUCAUCCCAGGACACAUUUUGAUUAUUUUCUGUACCCUUUCCCCCCACUCCUAAGUCCUGGGAGAAGUGCAGACAGCACUGGGUGAUGAUAGAGAAACUGGACAGAAAGACUGAGGUGGUUUUGAGGCCCAGAAACUGUACUGAAGUUGCAUUGUUGAUGUUUAGAAAAAUAAAAAAUUUCAAGUUUGUA